CCUUGCCUUCACACCAGACCCAAGCAACCAGGCAGACUCUUCUUCUCUGUGUACGAGAACCAGCCACUGUUGAAGCAUGAGCUCCCAGCAGCAGAAACAGCCCUGCACUGUACCUCCUCAGCUGCAGCAGCAGCAGGUGAAACAGCCUUGCCAGCCUCCACCCCAGCAGCCAUGCGCCCCCAAGGAGCCCUGCCACCCUGUUGUUCCUGAGCCCUGCCCUUCCAAGGCUCCUGAGCCCUGCAACCCAGUUGUUCCUGAGCCCUGCCACCCCAAGGCUCCUGAGCCCUGCCAUCCCAAGGCUCCUGAGCCCUGCCACCCCAAGGCUCCUGAGCCCUGCCAUCCCAAGGCUCCUGAGCCCUGCCACCCCAAGGCGCCUGAGCCCUGCCAUCCCAAGGCACCUGAGCCCUGCCACCCCAAAAUGCCUGAACCCUGCCACCCCAAAGCACCUGAGCCCUGCCACCCCAAGGCGCCUGAGCCCUGCCACCCCAAGGCGCCUGAGCCCUGCCACCCCAAGGUGCCUGAGCCCUGCCCCUCAACAGUCACUCCAGCACCAGCUCAGCAGAAGAUAAAGCAGAAGUAA